AUGCAAGGAGCUUCAAGCCAAAUGUUGAACUUGGCGCUGCUUCUAUCAACUGGAGGUGGAUCGAGUUCCAAUAAACCAGGAAUUGAUACAUCAUUCAGUGGAGGUGGAUCGAGUUCCAAUAAACCAGGAAUUCAUCUUUCAUUGGGUAGAGGUCGUCGUUCAAACUCGAACAAGCCAGGAAUAGAUAGUUCAUUCAGAGGUGGUGGCUCAUCUUCGAACAAACCAGGAAUUGAUACUUCAUUCAGUGGAGGUGGUUCAAGUUCUAACAAACCAGGAGUUGAUACUUCAUUCAGUGGAGGUGGCUCGAGCUCCAACAAACCACACUUUGGAGGAUCAUCAUCCUCAAACAAACCAGGGAUCCAUGGCUCAUUUGGAAGAGGCCGUCGUUCGAAUUCAAACAAACCAGGAGUCGAUGAUUCGUUCAGUGGAGGUGGUUCAAGUUCUAACAAACCUGGAGUUGAUGGUUCAUUCGGUGGAGAUAGUUCAUUCUCUAACAAACCAGGAAUCGAUGGUUCAUUCGGUGGAGGUGGUUCAAGUUCUAACAAACCAGGAGUUGAUGGUUCAUUCGGAGGAGAUAGUUCAUUCUCUAACAAACCAGGAAUCGAUGGUUCAUUCGGUGGAGGUGGUUCAAGUUCUAACAAACCAGGAGUUGAUGGUUCAUUCGGAGGAGAUAGUUCAUUCUCUAACAAACCAGGAAUCGAUGGUUCAUUCAGUGGAGGUGAUUCAUCCUCCAACAAACCUGGGGUUGGUGGUUCAUUGGGUUCUCAUGGUGUUACUUCUGACAGACGGGUUUCAAGAGCAGCUUCCAAAUCUGGUUUGUGUAGUGUAUGUGGAGAUAGGCAUCAUACUGGAGGAAGUGGAGAAUCUGGAGAACAGAUUGGAGGCAGUGGAGGAGGUUUUGGAGGUGGUAGCCAAUCCGGAGAACAGACUGGGGGUAGCGGAGGAGGCUUUGGAGGUGGAAGUCCAUCUGGAGGACAGACAGGGGGUAGUGGCGGAGGCUUUGGAGGUGGUAGCCAAUCUGGAGAACAGACUGGGGGUAGUGGAGGAGGCUUUGGAGGUGGUAGCCAAUCUGGAGGACAGACAGGGGGUAGCGGAGGAGGCUUUGGAGGUGGAAGUCAAUCUGGAGAACAGACUGGGGGUAGCGGAGGAGGCUUUGGAGGCGGUAGCCAAUCUGGAGGACAGACAGGGGGUAGUGGAGGAGGCUUUGGAGGUGGUGGCCAAUCUGGAGAACAGACGGGGGGUAGUGGAGGAGGCUUUGGAGGUGGAAGCCAAUCUGGAGGACAGACGGGGGGUAGUGGUGGAGGCUUUGGAGGUGGAAGCCAAUCUGGAGGACAGACGGGGGGUAGUGGUGGAGGCUUUGGAGGCGGUAGUCAAUCUGGAGGACAGACAGGGGGUAGUGGAGGAGGCUUUGGAGGUGGUGGCCAAUCUGGAGAACAGACGGGGGGUAGUGGUGGAGGCUUUGGAGGCGGUAGCCAAUCUGGAGGACAGAUUGGAGGUAGUGGAGGAGGUCAUGGAGGUGGAGAUUUUUCUGAAGAACAAACUGAACAUCUUGACACUUCUUUGUCCGCGUCACGAACCACUCGAGACCUCUUUCGUUUAAGGGGUUCAUCUUCGAAUAAACCAGGAGUUGAUGGUUCAUUCAGUGGAGGUGGUUCAAGUUCUAACAAACCAGGAGUUGAUACUUCAUUCAGUGGAGGUGGCUCGAGCUCCAACAAACCACACUUUGGAGGAUCAUCAUCCUCGAACAAACCAGGGAUCCAUGGCUCAUUUGGAAGAGGCGGUCGUUCGAGUUCAAACAAAUCAGGAGUCGAUGGUUCGUCCAGUGGAGGUGGUUCAAGUUCUAACAAACCUGGAAUCGAUGGUUCAUUUGGAGGAGAUAGUUCAUUCUCAAACAAACCAGGAAUCGAUGGUUCAUUCGGAGGAGAUAGUUCAUUCUCAAACAAACCAGGAAUCGAUGGUUCAUUCAGUGGAGGUGGUUCAAGUUCUAACAAACCAGGAAUCGAUGGUUCAUUCAGUGGAGGUGAUUCAUCCUCCAACAAACCUGGGGUUGGUGGUUCAUUGGGUUCUCAUGGUGUUACUUCUGACAGACGGGUUUCAAGAGCAGCUUCCAAAUUUGGUUUGUGUGAUUUAUGUGGAGCUGGGCAUCAUACUGGAGGUGGUGGAGGAGGCUUUGGAGGUGGUGGUGGAUUUGGAGGGGGCGGCGGAGGUAAUCAUAAUGGAGGUGGUGGUGGAUUUGGAGGGGGCGGUGGAGGUAACCAUAAUGGAGGUGGUGGCGGCGGAGUAUAUAUUAGUAUAUACAACAACCUAUGUCAGACUAGAACUGGUGUAUGCACCGCCGGCAAGGAACCCAGACUUUGUGAAACGGAAAAAGAAAAUGAGAAAGUUGAAAGCGGCCGCCAGAUUGAUAGCGGUAAUACUGGAAGCUGA